GCAAUGUCGAUGGCAGGACAGUGAGUAGUCAUUGAGAGGUGACUGGAAGUUCUAGUCGCGCUCCACGGAAUCACCAUCGAGGUAUCAGCGAGGUCACACACGAGGAUCAUGAAAAUGGUGCUGUCUCAACGUCAGAGGGAGGAGUUGGCGCGGUGCAAUACGCUCGUGUCCUGCUGGUAUGCACGAUACAGCCGCUUGUAGUGAUCUGAAACAGAAAAGCGAACAAGAUUCUUAUGUUAUAUGAGGGUUGCUAUCGCUUGAACUAGGAUCAUCAGACUGAACCAAGAUUUGACAAAAUAACAGGAUCGAAAAACAAGUUAAGCGGAUCAUAAUUUGUUAGGAGAUGCAAUUUUGCGUGUAUCAGGUUGCGUGUGAUUUAAUUCAAUGCAAGGUGUAUUAAUUUGUACGAGUGAUCUUUAUCUUUGGCAUGCUCGAUGAUAUAUUUCAGUAUUCUCAGUUUCAGUCCCGCGUUUCCCAGAGAAGUGUUCAGUCCUGCCGUAGAAUCAGAGUGCGAAGAAUGAGUUUGUUCAUUAAAAUGAAUGAAUUCAGAGCAUACACCGAGGCGGAAGUAAAUAGAGGGAAAGAAUCGUCAACGCGUGGUGCAGCGAACGGUACCGCUUUCCGCUCAGGCGAGAAAUAGCUUCGCGCUUCUCUCCUCUUUCUUUUUCCGUGAUACACCUGCGAUGUAGAAUCGCUUAUGCUCUUGUGUGCCACGCGGCGGCGAGUUGUUGCAAAACAACGAGAAUCAGUCGGCGGUGCAAGCGCGGCACAAACCGUAGCGAUAAUAAUUCGCUAUCACGGGGAGAGUCAGGUGAAUAGAGACGGACGGACGGACGGACGACCGACCGACCGACCGACCGACCGACUAGCGAGGCCUUUCACCCUGGCACAAGUUUGCCCGACUUUCAAUCUCUUUCCCACGUAUCCGACAACCUGCGGCCUCCUCGUUCUCCUCCUCCUCCUUCUCCUCCUCCUCCUCCUCCUCCUCCGCUCAUUGUAUCGGUACGCGGGCAUAGCAUUUUAUCUUUAUCUACGUCAUAAACAGACGGCGAUCAGUCGGCCGACCACCAACGCGAAACAAUUGGAGAUUAAAGCUAUCGUACAACACACGUUGCUCGCACUCCCCCUCGCAAUCUCCCGCAGCCGUACCUGAAAUAAGGCGAUCGCGGAUUACCUUAGCACCAAUGGCUAUCAAGAUGCACUGGAGGCAUUUAAAAAGGAAGCCGACAUGCCGGGGGAGGUGGAGAGGAAAUACGGGGGUCUCCUUGAGAAGAAAUGGACCUCGGUCAUACGAUUGCAGAAGAAAGUAAUGGAACUAGAGUCCAAACUCUCCGAGGCGGAGAAGGAAUUUAUAGAAGGCGCACCGACGCGCGGCAAGCGAUCGCCGUCCGAAUGGAUACCGAGGCCGCCGGAAAAGUACAGUCUGACUGGACACAGAGCCCCCAUCAAUAGAGUUAUUUUCCAUCCGGUUUUUAGUCUUAUAGUAUCCGCCAGUGAAGAUGCUACCAUUAAGGUGUGGGACUUUGAGAGUGGCGAAUUCGAGAGAACGCUGAAAGGCCACACCGACAGCGUGCAAGACGUCGCGUUCGAUGUCUCGGGCAAGCUGCUCGUCUCUUGCAGCGCGGACAUGUCCAUCAAGCUGUGGGACUUCCACCAGUCGUUCGCUUGCGUGAAAACCAUGCAUGGCCACGAUCACAACGUCAACUCCGUCGCGUUUGUGCCACAGGGUGAUUUCGUAGUAAGCGCCUCUAGGGAUAAAACCAUCAAGAUCUGGGAGGUGGCGACGGGAUACUGCGUGAAGACGCUCGUGGGGCACAGGGAGUGGGUAAGAAUGGCGCGAGUCAGCCCGUGUGGCGAGCUCAUCGCCAGCUGCUCAAACGAUCAGACUGUUCGUGUGUGGCACGUAGCGACGAAGGAGACCAAGGUCGAGUUCAGAGAUCACGAUCACGUGGUGGAGUGCAUCGCAUGGGCACCGGAGAGCGCAAGAGCGUCGAUCAACGCGGCGGCCGGAGCGGACAACAAAGGUGCGCACGAAGGACCCUUCCUCGCGUCUGGUUCUCGAGACAAGAUGAUUCGCGUGUGGGACGUCGGCGCCGGGGUGUGCCUCUUUACCCUCGUCGGACACGACAAUUGGGUACGAUGCAUCGUCUUCCAUCCUGGCGGCAAGUUUAUCGUCAGCGCGUCCGACGAUAAAACGCUGCGAGUCUGGGACACGCGCAACAAACGAGUGAUGAAGACCCUCGAAGCGCACGUUCAUUUUUGCACCUCUGUCGAUUUCCACAAGAGCCAUCCUUACGUGGUCACCGGGAGCGUCGAUCAAACGGUGAAGAUUUGGGAGUGCCGCUAGUCACCGAAUUUUAGAUUUUCUGUCAGACGUCGUGUGGAAAAGAACGGACGUAAAGAAGAAAAAAAAGAAGAAAAAAAGGAGAAAAAAAGAAACGAGAAAAGACGAACGCGCGUCCAUUUUUGAUGGAAUCGGCCGAACGAGUAAGCUGCUACAAAAGCUAUCGUAUACAUGCUAUUAAUAUUAUUAUUAUUAUAUAUAAAGAAAAACACAUAAACACGUAUGAUUAAGAGCUCUUUAAUUAAUUUAUAAUAAAGUAUAAUUAGAGUAAUUAUUAUAAUAUUAUAAACAUCGUUUUACGGCAAUGAACUGCACUAAAAAUCGAGGAGAGUGAAUCGAGAGAGACGGUCAAUAAUAUAAGGAUCAAACGAUCGAGAGGACGCUCACGAGUUCUCGUUACGACCUACGGCUACGUGGGGUUAUCAAUGCCAUAUACAAUUAUACAAGAGUUAUAAUUCCUUUUAGACAGUUGUGCAAUCGUAGGCAUUAUUCUGUACAUAUACGUGUCUUCGCGCAGCGUGAAAUUCGACGAGUCGAUGAUCGAUGUACGAGCCGCCGUUUGAUUUUCUCUUCUCGCCCGCUUGUUACUCGCUAAUAUGUCCGUUGAACUAUCAGUUACCAGCUGUCACACACGAGCAAAGAGAGAAAGAAGAUCGUCCUCCUCGAUUAUGAUCUUGUGCGAAUGAGACGUGUCGAAUCUCUUUUAACUUGUCGACGGUGGCGAAAAUUUCGGCUGUGGCGUCACCCUCCGCGGUAACCGGUAAUUCGUUGUCAAUAUAUCUUUGCGCGCUCUCCUCGAGAGUUCUUGAGAGAAUAAAGAAGAACAGAACGCUGCUCCUUCUUCACUCAUAUGUAUAUAUAUUAUGUGUAUAUGUAUAUAUACACAUAAAUAAAUAUAUAUAUGUAUUUGAACAUAUACACACCGAAACACGAAGUACACACACGAUACACACACGUAUUAGACGCGCAGAGCGUCUUUGUGCAAAGUACCGAGUGUCAAUGAUCGUCUAAUAUCGGCUCACGUGUACUCUUGAUAAGUAUUGAGUUGUCACACCUAUUGUCGCAUUAAUGAAGAAAUUCGUUUCGUGGGACACGUAACGCGUAGCUCGUAAACGAAUAAAGAUGACGAGUAAGAAAGACGAGAUAACGAUGCAAAAACUGUCGCAGUCGAAAACGGGAAAACUCUCGUUACAUGCCUGUGUAGCGGACUCUGUCGAAAGAACGUGUCCCUUGGCUAAGAUGUGUAUAAAUUCCAUUAUAUUACAUAUAUUUAUGUAUAAUCGAAUCUCGUGGAGCCCGUAAGAUGUCGAUCGUAAUUUGUUCGUAAAGGACUCGCAAGCAUACACACGUGGUAUUUGAUAAUUCAAUUUUUGUCUUUGAGAAAUGUAAACUUUGAGAAGCGAGAGAGAGAGAUCACUCUUAAAAUAAAAAAACGAGGUUUAAAAUAAAAAGAAAGCGUGCUCAAACGAAUAAUUACGAGAAUGGAAGAUAGGUUUCUCGCCACGUACUUGGCGUCCAAUCACCGUGCAUUAUUAAUAAUAACGAUAUAUAUAUAUAUAUAUAUAUAUAACAAUAGGCACAGCCGAACAUAUAUAUAUAUAUAUAUAUAGAGAGAGAGAGAGAGAGAGAAAGAAUGCAACAUUGUGAAAUUUAAGGCAUUCGAGCGAUAAGCUGGUGAAAGAUUCGCGCGUAAACUGUAACGCAUAUUACAUGUACGGAAGUUUUAGAGCGCAUUAGUUCAUUGCGUGGGUUCCAAGAGAGUUACUAGUUGUACUUUUUAGUUCUAACUACUAUUUAGCGGUAGCGCAGACAUAAAAUGUAGACGAUAGAAAAAAGCAUAAGGGAAUAAACUGAAAGAGACACGAGAGUAAUUAACGGUUGAUCGACACACACGACCACGAGACACGUCCGAUCUUCAAGGCAUCGAUCAGAGAAAUUAUUAUUAUUACCUUUGCAUACGUGCGAAAAGAAAGAAAGAGAAAACAUGCAAAUCAUUAAUCGACAAAACGCGCUUGACUAAGGGUGAUCUUUUCAAAAUGGUACACUCACUGUCUGCUAUCUUUUUUUCCUACUGUUUCUCCCUCUCGUUCAGCUUUCAGCCAAGUAAGAAAACGAUCCCUCCCCUGAGAUACCCCUCACUUAAUGUGGUACUAAAUUAUUUUGAUGAAUAAUAAACAGAGUUGUCACUGA